ACAGAAGCGGCGGCGGCGGAGAGGAAGAAGAGGAAGGCGUAGGGGAGAGGCCGACGGCGAGGGAGAGCUCCAGCACCAGCCAUGGUGCACGUCAGCUUCUACCGCAACUAUGGUAAGACUUUCAAGAAACCGAGGCGUCCUUAUGAGAAGGAGCGUCUUGAUGCAGAACUCAAGCUGGUGGGUGAGUACGGACUGAGGUGCAAGCGCGAGCUGUGGAGGGUUCAGUAUGCGUUGAGCCGCAUCCGUAAUGCUGCAAGGCACUUGCUUACACUGGAUGAGAAGAACCCCCGCCGUAUCUUUGAGGGUGAGGCUCUGCUCCGCCGCAUGAACCGCUAUGGGCUUCUCGCUGAGGGUCAGAACAAGCUUGAUUACGUCCUUGCUCUUACUGCUGAGAACUUCCUUGCAAGGCGUCUCCAGACUCUUGUCUUCAAGGCUGGCAUGGCCAAGUCCAUUCACCAUGCUCGUGUCUUGAUCAGGCAACGCCACAUCAGGGUUGGCAGGCAAAUCGUCAAUGUCCCAUCUUUCAUGGUGAGGCUGGAGUCUGAGAAGCACAUCGACUUCUCGCUGACAAGCCCGUUCGGUGGAGGCCCUCCUGGCAGAGUGAAGAGAAAGAACAUGAAGAAGGCCAGCGGCGGUGGCGAUGGUGGUGGCGAUGAUGAUGAGGAGUAAUGGAUGGAAUGGAAAAGCUUUUGCCCUAUAUAUGUACCUAAAUAGACCGUCGUAAUACCAUGAGUACUUAGCUGAGAGCCCUCGAGACCACAGGGUCACUGGUUGAGUUGGGCUUUUGUUCUCGCGUUUUUCCUCCAGGAAGUUGAUCGUUUCGUCUCUCGUGUUAUUAGCUUCUACUUAGCUAUGCCUGGAUCUUUUUUAAUCAUAAUGCAGCUUCAUGUGGUUUUCGAAUUAUGGUAUGCUAUUCUGAGUCCA